AUGACGGUCGCUUCGACAUCAGCAGAGCCAAAGUCGACAGCAUCAGGCAUUGUUGAGCGUGCCAACACGCAACAAAGAGUGAUUCCAGAAUCGAGAAGAGCCGACGGAUCAAUACGAAAGGAACGCAAAGUCAGACCAGGUUUUACACCAGCAGAAGAUGUAGCUCGAUACCGACCAGCACGCGCAAGAGAAGCAGAAGAAGCUCGCAAGAGAGGCAUCCCGGGUAGCUCAGCAGCUGUGGCAGCCACUUCGAGCUCUUCUACUACAUCCGAUCCGUCCCGCUCUCUCAAAUCCGGCAACAUUGGUGAUUGCGACACCCAUGGCACACCAUGGCGCUCCAGUACAGCCAGGGCAGCACCUCCUUCGGCCCAUUCCGUACCAACAAGUCGACCGCGUGGCAACUUUGCGCCUCUUGAACCUGCACCCGCGAGAAGGAUGACAAAUGAAGCACCAUCAAAGAACGACACAGCCGACGAACUGGAAGCGUUCCAUUCCGACACUCGAUCGUGGCGCAACUCUCGACUACGCAAACAAAACCCAUCUGAGGAAAAGAAAGACGAGACAGCUGCGGUACCAGAUGCCUGGGACCAAGAAGAGUCAGGCUCGGACAAAGAAACGGAGAGAGAGCAGAGUUCAAAGCGCGCACAGACUUCAACUGAUGAUCUGGCGGCUGAGCUCGAUAGUCUGAGCAUCGAUGUACUGUAA